CCGCAGGAGGUUGCCACUGAUCUUGUCAAAUUUGAUGAAGAAGUCUGCGAGGAAGGCGAAGGUGUCACAUUUUCAUCUCAAAAGAUCCCUCUAGGUGUAGGUACAUUCCGGUCCUCGCCGGCAAAAUUAAACCCGGCCGGGUCCGAAGGUAGCGAGUUCUGGAAGAUCUUGCGGAAUACGAUCACAAGCAGAGUUCGAAGAUCCUCGUAGUGAUCUGGAGAUCCAAGUUGGCAACUAUUUCUGGUCUGCUGCAAAAAAGAUGGAAAUGAAUUGGAAAUCAAUUGUAUUGCUUCACAGGGAAGUCUCACUUGUUGAGCGUUUCACAGUCAGUGACAGUACACUUCGCAACACAUCAAAAUGACCGACGGUAAGGAGCAUUUGUCGAUCGUGAUCUGCGGUCACGUCGACUCCGGUAAGUCCACCACCACCGGUCACCUGCUCUUCGAGUUGGGUGGUAUCCCGGAGCGUGAGUUGGAGAAGCUGAAGGCCGAGGCCGACCGUCUGGGUAAGUCUUCCUUCGCGUUCGCGUUCUACAUGGACCGUCAGAAGGAGGAGCGUGAGCGUGGUGUCACCAUCUCCGUCACCACCAAGGAAUUCUUCACGGAGAAGUGGCACUACACCAUUAUCGAUGCCCCGGGUCACCGCGACUUCAUCAAGAACAUGAUCACCGGAGCCUCCCAGGCUGAUGUCGCCAUGAUCAUGGUUCCGGCUGAUGGUAUUUUGACUUUUUCCUAUUAAGUAUUUGUGAUUCUAAGCCAAACAAGUCUAUUUGUGGUAGUGUUUUCUUGGAAAGCGUAUGCCUACUUUCACUCAGCGGGAGGCUAUCCUUAUCUUCAAGCACCAAAUUCGAACAGGUAACUUCACCACCGCUAUCCAGCGUGGUAACCACAAAGCUGGUGAGAUCCAGGGCCAGACCCGUCAGCACUCCCGUUUGAUCAACUUGUUGGGCGUCAAGCAGAUCAUCAUAGGUAUAAACAAGAUGGACUGCGAAACCGCAGGAUACAAGCAGACACGAUAUGACGAAAUUGCCAACGAAAUGCGCAACAUGUUGGGCAAGGUCGGCUGGAAGAAGGACUUCGUCGAGAGCGGUGUGCCGUUCAUGCCGAUCUCCGGUUGGUGCGGUGACAACUUGGUCAAGAAGACCACCAACAUGGCCUGGUGGAAGGGUGCUGACGUCAAGGUCGGCUCCGAGACCAUCCACGUCGACACCUUGUACGACUGCUUGAACAACAUGUGCCGUGUGCCGGAACGUCCGAUCGAUGCUCCGAUGCGCCUCCCGAUCUCCGGUAUCUACAAGAUUAAGGGUGUCGGUGAUGUGCUCGCUGGCCGUGUCGAACAGGGUAUCGUCAAGCCGAACGAGGAAGUCAUCUUCUUGCCGACCCACACCGCCGCCAACGCGUGCGCCGGAAAGGUCUUCCAGAUCGAAAUGCACCACAAGGCUGUGCCGGAGGCCAAGCCGGGUGACAACGUUGGUAUGAACGUGAAGAACUUGGACAAGCAGAACAUGCCGCGUGGUGGUGAUGUCAUGAUCUACAAGAAGGACACCACCUUGUCCGCCGUUAAGGCCUUCGACGCUCAGAUCCAGGUACUGCUCAAGACUUGUUCUCCAUCGCGUCUUUACGUUUUGUAACUCGAGGUAUCGAUACUGCAAUGCACGUCGACGAAGCUGUCGCAUGUAUAGAAACGAAUUUUGACAUGAAGAGUAAAGCAAAUUUUAAAAACAGGUUUUGGACAUCCCGAACGAGAUCAAGGUCGGCUACUCCCCGAUCGGCUUCGUCCGCUGCGGCCGCGCCGCAUGCCGUAUCUCCGCAUUGAAGUGGAAGAUGGGAAAGGAGACCGGUGGUAAGAAGAUGGAGGAGCCGCACUCCCUGAAGUCCAACGAGAUGGCCCAGGUCACCUUCGAGCCGCAGCAGCCGUUGGUUGCCGAUUCCUUCAAGAACUGCGAGGGUCUUUCCCGCGUCGCGUUCAUGGACGGAAACGGUGUGGUCAUGUUGGGAAAGGUGGUCUCUGUCGAGGCUAAGGUCUUUGAGGCCAAGAAGAAGUAAACAUGUAAACCUUAAACUCAACUACACAUCAAGAACGUCUGAUCGGCAGCUGUUCUAGCAGCUUUUACCUUUGGUAAAGACAACCGAAAUUACGAUGCUUGACAGCAGAGUUGAAGUGUACUUCACUGACAACGAAAGAUAACGCCGAAAAGGCGAGAAGCGGCACCUCGAUCUGCCGGGUCGCUCUUUAUGCGGCGUCUUCCACUAGCAUAUGGCGCUGUUUCUGUUGUGGUGCACGGCUUCGCCUCAUUCCAUGGGUCGACUUCGAGUGCGCACAGGUGAAAUAUUCUGAAAUUGCCGGACGAUUGGCUUCUUUAAAUUUGCAGAAACUGAAACACCGACACGUGAAAACAACUCUGAUCCUCGUGCGAUUCUGACCGAUCUUUCCAGGUUCUUACUCUCCAAGUCAUGAAGAUCCAAAUGCAGAUCUAAAGUGAGGAUCUAAACCCAGAGAUCCUCGUAACACUUGGAUCUACGCUACUGUCAACUAUUUGAGGAUUAACAUAAAACUUGUGUAAAAAUAUCACAUCGAUGGUACGUAUGGUUGAUUUGGAAGUGCUGAGUGCUGGCCCCUUCCGUUGUGAAAAGGGUUCUAGUUCGUGCCUCAAUUCAAGAGUAAUUGAUUUUUCAAUUCAUUUCACGCAGGGUACACGGAUAAUUUCCUGCGAAAGCAGAAGUUUGACAUCGAACACUCCACACAUUCAAAAUGACCGACGGAAAGGAGCACUUGUCGAUCGUGAUCUGCGGUCACGUCGACUCCGGUAAGUCCACCACCACCGGUCACCUGCUCUUCGAGUUGGGUGGUAUCCCGGAGCGUGAGUUGGAGAAGUUGAAGGCCGAGGCCGACCGCCUGGGUAAGUCUUCCUUCGCGUUCGCGUUCUACAUGGACCGUCAGAAGGAGGAGCGUGAGCGUGGUGUAACUAUCUCCGUCACCACCAAGGAAUUCUUCACCGAGAAGUGGCACUACACCAUCAUCGAUGCCCCGGGUCACCGCGAUUUCAUCAAGAACAUGAUCACCGGAGCCUCCCAGGCUGAUGUUGCCAUGAUCAUGGUCCCGGCUGAUGGUAUUUUGAGUUUUUUGAUUGAGUGCUUUCUGCGUUUAGCAAAAGUCUUUGUAUGCUGGUGUUUUGGAAAGCGCCUGUUUUAUUUUCGAUCAUCAAUUAUUUCGAACAGGUAACUUCACCACCGCUAUCCAGCGUGGUAACCACAAGGCUGGUGAGAUCCAGGGCCAGACCCGUCAGCACUCCCGUUUGAUCAACUUGUUGGGCGUCAAGCAGAUCAUCAUUGGUAUUAACAAGAUGGACUGCGAAACCGCUGGUUACAAGCAGGCCCGUUAUGACGAAAUUGCCAACGAAAUGCGCAACAUGUUGGGCAAGGUCGGCUGGAAGAAGGACUUCGUCGAGAGCGGUGUGCCGUUCAUGCCGAUCUCCGGUUGGUGCGGUGACAACUUGGUCAAGAAGACCACCAACAUGGCCUGGUGGAAAGGUGCUGACGUCAAGGUCGGCUCCGAGACCAUCCACGUCGACACCUUGUACGACUGCUUGAACAACAUGUGCCGUGUGCCGGAACGUCCGAUCGAUGCUCCGAUGCGCCUCCCGAUCUCCGGUAUCUACAAGAUUAAGGGUGUCGGUGAUGUGCUCGCUGGCCGUGUCGAACAGGGUAUCGUCAAGCCGAACGAGGAAGUCAUCUUCUUGCCGACCCACACCGCCGCCAACGCGUGCGCCGGAAAGGUCUUCCAGAUCGAAAUGCACCACAAGGCUGUGCCGGAGGCCAAGCCGGGUGACAACGUUGGUAUGAACGUGAAGAACUUGGACAAGCAGAACAUGCCGCGUGGUGGUGAUGUCAUGAUCUACAAGAAGGACACCACCCUGUCCGCCGUCAAGGCUUUCGACGCUCAGAUCCAGGUACUGCUGAAACUUCAUCUCCAUCGCGUUUUUUCGUUCUGCAACUCGAGGGACUUUUACUGUAAUGCACGAAAACUAUCGCAUGUAUAGAGACGACGUUCGACAUGAAGAGUAACGCAAAUUCUAAAAACAGGUUUUGGACAUCCCGAACGAGAUUAAGGUCGGCUACUCCCCGAUCGGCUUCGUCCGCUGCGGCCGCGCCGCCUGCCGUAUCUCCGCGUUGAAGUGGAAGAUGGGUAAGGAGACCGGUGGUAAGAAGAUGGAGGAGCCGCACUCCCUGAAGUCCAACGAGAUGGCCCAGGUCACCUUCGAGCCGCAGCAGCCGUUGGUCGCUGAUUCCUUCAAGAACUGCGAGGGUCUGUCCCGCGUCGCGUUCAUGGACGGAAACGGUGUGGUUAUGUUGGGAAAGGUGGUCUCUGUCGAGGCCAAGGUCUUCGAGGCCAAGAAGAAGUAAAGCAAUGCGCUGAUCUCGUAACAACGAUGAUUUCGCAAGAUGACACUCGCAAGUUGUUGCCACAUCAACUACUCUGAAUGCUGUGUCGAGAAGCUUUUUCGAUGUCUUUCUGCAGGAAAAUUAGCAAACCUUUUCGUGGUGGCGAACUGCUUCUCCACUCCGGGUAUUUCAGCUCGGCAAAAAACCUGACGGUCAAGCG